CGUUACGCCGGCCUUUUCCAAAGUUUUUACUCGUACACUGGCGUGCGUCGAGUUGAUAAACAAGCACUCGUAACACCAUGCUAACUACUGUUUAUUUACAAAUAUGGAUCUAAAUGUGUGUCGUACUUUGGGCUGGAAUUGUAAAUUGUCUUUGUAAAUAAUUGUGCUGCAGAGAUGCAAAUUAAAUUGUUUGUAGAAUGAGUGAGAUCUGUCAAUGAUUGAUCGUCGUGAACAAUAACUGUUUGAUGUGUGGUAAUUGUGAAAUUCUCAUAGUGAGAGUAACGAUCCUAGUACAAUUAGGUUGUAAUGAUCUCUCGUGUGAUGUUUAUGUGUGUUGAUGCGUAUCACAGUUUCUUGUUGCACUAUUUACGUUAGAUAAAAGGAUAUAAAAAUGGCGCAAGAUGGAAACUCCACCAUGGAGAUGGGCACCAGUGAUCAGGUUCUAGUGUCUAAGAAAAGACAAAAAAGGAUAACGUUUGUAUUAGCAGUCGUCGCUAUGUUAGCCGUUAUAGGUAUAGUGGUGGCAUUAGUUGUAGUAUUUACGGGCAAUGAUGCUGAUGCUGAACCUAUUAUAUCAACGACAGAAGACCCAACGUCAUCAACAUUAUCAAGUACCAGUGAAUCGACAACCGGUACACCAGUGUCGCCCGACCCGACGCCUGAUCCAUCGCCCGACCCAACACCCGAUUCGUCGCCUGACACAUCGCCCGACACGUCGCCCGACACGUCGCCCGACAUUUCGUCGACUACAACGACAACACCUGAACCAACAGAACCUCCACCUCCAGAACUAGACUUGGAGUCAAUUAUUAAUGACAAGUACUCCCCACCAUCGUUUGAUGCAACUUGGUCUACAGGAAAUCAAGCUAUAAUCCGCACUGAAUCUGGCGACUUAAUAUCUCUCAAUAUCGAAAACAAUAGCACCAGAAUACUUAUUUCAAACACAUCUGAGAUUCUGCAGCGAUCCGAGAGAAGCCCGCUGUUAUCUCCGGAUGGCGAUGAAGUCGCGAUAGCUUAUGAUGUUCGGAGAGUGUACAGACAUAGUUUCUUGGCGUUGUACGCUUCUGUCAACGUCGAUAGCCAAGUACAGGUUUCCAUUGUACCUCCGGGCUUAGCAACUAGGUCCGACGAACCCUUGCUUCAAAACUUCGUAUGGGGUCCAUCGGGUACCGCGUACGCUUUUGUCUAUCGGAAUAACAUCUACUACAAGUCCAACUUGAAUGAUUCCAGUGAAGCACAACAAAUCACUACUUCGGGUGAAUUGGAUGUAAUUUAUAAUGGAAUUCCUGACUGGGUGUAUGAAGAGGAGGUAUUUUCAUCAAAUAACGCGUUAUGGUUUUCGCUUGAUGGCACGAAGUUGGCUUAUGCUACCUUCAACGAUACCGAAGUGAAAAUAAUGAAUGUACCUCAUUACGGAGUGCCGGGUUCAGAUCAACAUCAGUACACAUUACACCACUCUAUUCGAUACCCAAAGUCUGGUACAAAGAACCCUACAGUUACUGUCACUAUUCAGGAUCUGGCAUCUGGCCAGAGUACAGUCUUCAAUGCUCCCAACGAAAUUGACGAGCCAAUUUUAAAGCCAGUGCGCUUCGUGACGAAUGACACAAUCGCAUUGGUAUGGACGAACCGAGCACAGAACUCCUUAAUUGUGGAACUGUGCACUUUCCAGUCGAACUGCGCAGGGAUAUAUUCAUAUAAUGAAGUAAAUGGAUGGAUUGACAACAUUCCAAUAAUUUUCAACGAACAAGGAACGGCUUUCAUUACCAUUUUGCCACAAACAGUGAACGGUGAGCGAUACAAGCAAAUAGUUCAAGUGACACAAGGAGGGACGGGCGAAUGGUCGACUCAAAAUCGUGUUAAUGUUGGAAAAACUGUUCUCGAUAUAUUAAAAUGGACCUCUGAUGACGUAAUCUGGUACAAGGCAACAGCUUCAAACGACACAUCUGAGCAGCACAUAUACAAUGUAAACAACUCUGGUGUAGUAUCAUGCUUCACUUGCCUCCUAAGUGAUGACAAGAAUUGUCUCUUUAAUGAUGCAACUAUUAGCAACGGUGACCUGAUCAGUAUUACCUGCGCUGGCCCGAAUGUACCACAAGUAUUCAUCUACAAUACUAACGGCGACUACGUUCGAACCUGGGCAGACAAUAGCCAACUGUUGUCUCAACUGGAAGAAAUACCGAGCCUUCCAGUAACGUUCCGUGUGCCCAUACCUCCCGAAUCUGGAUUGCAUAAUGCUGAUGUACUUAUUCAAGCUCCACCUAAUUACGCAGAGCUGACUAACGUGCCUUUGCUUGUUUAUGUCUACGCUGGUCCAGAUACAGCUCUCGUGACACAAGAAUGGCUGUUAGACUGGGGCACCUCGCUAGUAAACCGCUGGAAUAUAGCGGUAGCAAGAAUUGACGGCCGCGGCUCAGGACUGCGUGGCGUUGAUAACUUAUUCACGCUCAACCGAAAACUUGGGACCGUUGAAAUCGAAGACCAAAUCAAUAUUACAAGGUAUUUACAGCAGACCCUUCCCUGGGUGGACGGUAACCGCACGGGCAUCUGGGGCUGGUCUUACGGAGGGUAUGCAGCGUCGCUGGCUCUGGCGCGCGGCGGAGACGUCUUCCGCUGCGGCAUAGCCGUCGCUCCCGUUGUCGACUGGCGUUUCUACGAUACAAUAUACACGGAACGUUAUCUGGAUACUCCUAACAAUAAUCCACAAGGUUAUAUAGAUUCUUCACUUCUUACCGCCGAAGCUUUGGAGUCAUUUCGUGAUAAACGGUACUUCCUGGUACAUGGAACGGCGGACGAUAAUGUACAUUAUCAACACGCCAUGUUACUGUCUCGCCACCUACAAAUAAAAGAUAUAUACUUCGAACAAAUGAGCUACACUGAUGAAGGGCACGGAUUAAACGGAGUGAGACCGCAUCUCUACCACGCACUCGAGAGAUUCCUGAAGGAGAAUCUAUUGUAAUAUAUUGUAUUAUAAAUAAAUUAUUUAUUGGCCGUCAUAUUUAAAUAUUCUGGCGACAUUUUUUUUGUGAUCGAGUAUUAUAAAAGAUUAUAAAAUUUCAUUCAGAAUGUUCCUAAGUCAUAGAUUUUUAUAUUUCUUUAUUAGACAGACUGUAUUUCAAAAUAGGUACCUAGUUUAUUAGAUAUUAAAGUUGAAAAAGCACUAGUAUAAUUGUGUGAUAAAUAAACAUGACACAUGGUUAGGUGUUAUGUUUGAAAAUCAAUAAAAUACAUUUUAUGCCAACCUGAAAAAGCCACAGGCUCUUACAGAUAUACAUUUUUCGAUUCACGUAUAGUUGAUGAAUAAUUAUGAAAUAGAAGUUAGUCUACUCAAUCGGUCAAUCAGUUUCACUCAAUCCAGUGUUUGUAUAAAUAGCAGUAAAAUCAGAUUCCUAAGUAUUGCAAUUUAUAGCCUAUUUAGGUUGUAUAGUUUUGUUAGCCAAUUUUUUUUAAUUUUUGAAUAAUAAUAUUGCUAUACAUAUGAAACAUUUCAAAUGAUGUAAAAACAUGUCUUAUCAUAGAGUAUUAUUUUGUCCACUAGUGUAAAUAUAACGGCUUUCUGUAUAUCAUAGGUAUUCAAUAUAUUAGGAUAUUCAAUAUAUUACAAAAAAGAUUCGAUUACGUAACUUGAAUGUCAAGUAAUAUUUUUUCGAGUGUUGGUAAAUUUUACCUUCAUCAGACUUGACAAAAUAUCUUGAUGUAAGAAAUAUCAUACAUUAAAGUGUAACGAAAGUAAUUAAUUACCUGAAUUUCCGCAAUAAUAUCGAGGAAAGCGAGUUGCUUUUCUAUAGUAAUACAUAUUAUGUUAUCUGUGGUAAUGCCAUGACUUUAGACGUAGUCUCUAAUAUUUUCAAGCAUGAA